GUUCUCUGCAGUAGCUAUAGAAAGCAACAAAUCAAGCCAUUUAUUUAGCUGUUUUUUAGAUAACUCUUUAUAACCCCGUUUUAUUUUUCUCUCUCUCUUACAACAACACACUCACAAAACAAAAAAAGAAAACAAAUUAUUAAGCUUGUGACUCCUGUUGUUGCAGUAGUAAUAAUAGUAGUACUACUAUAGUUGUCAUUUAUUUUUCUUGAAGUACUAUACUUAACCUUUUUUUUUUGUUCUUUCUUUUUAAGGGUUAUAUAUGUGUGUUAUAAGGGGGUUGUUUCAUUUGUUUUGAAGAACAAAUGUGGUGAAUUUUAGCUAAGUUUGGGAUGUUUAUUUGAUUUUGAAUUCUUGGUCUCAUUUUGUUCUUGGAAUUAAAGAGCUUUUUUUGUUGAUUGAAAUCAUGGCGAAUAAUAAAGGUAAAGAUGAUCUGUACCAUGAGUUAUGGAAGUUGUGUGCAGGUCCAUUAGUUGAUGUUCCAAAAGUUAAUGAAAGAGUUUAUUAUUUUCCACAAGGUCACAUGGAGCAAUUGGAAGCAUCAAUAAACCAAGAAAUGAAUCUGAGAGUUCCAUCAUUCAAUCUCAAACCAAAGAUCCUUUGUAGUGUUAUUAACAUUCAGCUUCUGGCUGAGCAAGAUACUGAUGAGGUAUAUGCACAGAUCACUUUGAUGCCAGAGGCACCAGAUGAAGCCGAGCCAAACAGUCCGGAUCCAUCGCUGCCCGAGCCUGCAAGGCCUAGAGUUCAAUCCUUCUGCAAGGUUUUGACCGCCUCUGAUACGAGCACUCAUGGUGGAUUUUCUGUUCUGAGGAAACAUGCUAAUGAAUGUCUUCCUCCCCUGGACAUGAACCAGCAGACUCCGACACAGGAAUUGAUUGCGAAUGACCUUCAUGGGAUCGAGUGGCACUUUAAACAUAUAUUUAGAGGUCAACCUCGGAGGCAUUUACUUACCACAGGAUGGAGUACCUUUGUUUCUUCGAAGAGAUUAGUUGCUGGUGAUUCUUUUGUAUUUUUGAGGGGUGAGAACGGAGAACUACGAGUCGGUGUCAAACGGCUCGGUCGCCAGCAGAGCUCAAUGCCAUCGUCCGUGAUAUCAAGCCAGAGCAUGCACCUAGGAGUUUUAGCUACAGCAUCUCAUGCCGUUACAACCCAGACCAUGUUUGUUGUUUACUACAAACCGAGAACCAGUCAGUUCAUUGUAGGCCUCAACAAAUACUUAGAGGCUGUUAAACAUGGAUAUUCAGUUGGCAUGCGAUUUAAGAUGCGGUUUGAAGGGGAAGAGAAUCCCGAGAGAAGAUUUACAGGCACGAUAGUUGGGGUUGAUGAUCUUUCCUCACAGUGGAAAGAUUCUACAUGGCGAUCGUUGAAGGUUCAAUGGGAUGAGCCUGCAUCCAUUUCAAGGCCUGACAGAGUUUCUCCUUGGGAAAUAGAACCUUUUGUGGCUUCCGUUCCAAAUCCCCUUGUCCAGUCAAUGGCAGGGAAGAACAAAAGGCAUCGGCCACAUAGUGAAAUCAAAAUCUCAGAACCUGCAUCCUCAAUUGCGUCAGCAGUUUGGAAUCCUUCCCCUGACUCGACUCAAUUUAAUACCACCACAUUAAUGUCCCAUACAGAGGGAGGUUGGCCGCUUACUCAUUUAAAUACUUCUUCAACUAUGUUUGCGGAUGAGACAGAAGACAGUAAAAGUGCCUCAGCUUGGUCUGGUUUUCCAAGUGUUUUGACCCCGCAAUUCGGGACUAAUCAGCCGAUUCUUAGUCCUGCUGAUGAGAGAAAAUGUGAUACCAUAACCACCUGUAGAUUAUUUGGUAUUGACUUGAAAAGUACCACAAUCAGCACUACUGAGGCACCACCAAACACGGUGCCAGCUGGCGAUUCAGAUCAAAAUUCGGACCUUUCAGUAGACUUAAAAGAUCAAACGCAAGGCCAGUUGCAGUUACCCCUAAAGGAGAUUCAAAGCAAGCAAAGUUGUUCCACCAGGAGUCGCACCAAGGUUCAAAUGCAAGGGGUAGCUGUAGGUCGUGCAGUGGAUUUAACUGCAUUGAAAGGAUAUGAUGAGCUUAUAAAGGAACUCGAGGAGAUGUUUGAAAUCCAAGGUGAACUUCACUCACGAAAUAAAUGGGAGAUCGUGUUUACAGAUGAUGAAGGGGAUAUGAUGCUUAUGGGCGAUUAUCCAUGGCUCGACUUUUGCAAUGUGGUGAGGAGGAUUUUCAUUUGUUCAAGUCAAGAUAUGAAAAAAUUGACCCUGUCACGCACAGACAGUUAAGAGACUGCUUUCAAAUGAAUAGGCGGUUGAAUCAUUUUGUCAUCUCGUCGACUUCAUUCUCCAAAUAUAACAGGAAAGAAAGAAGCUAGUUUUCAUUCUUUUUCAUGUUAGGCUGUUGGAAGGAGGGUUGUAGCUUCAAGGAGAUUCUAGUCUACUUCAUGCUCGGUUUUGAGAGCACUUAAGUAAUUAACGGGUUGUAUUAGCAUCAAACUAGUAUAGGAAUAGUAUUAGUUGUGAAUAGUUAAUUGUGUUUCUAAUGGGGAGUCUGGUGGUUUGUGUAGUGUUCUAUUCGUGUUAUCUGUAAAUAUUUAUGUGCCAUUGCAAUAUUCGGGAACUUUGCAUCUGGAAAUACAAUGCAUCGCCGUGUUAAUGUGCUUCUACUUAAUGAAAUGACAUGGUGAAAAUUGCUCGA